AUAGCGCGGAUCGGAGUUGUCGAUUCCCGGAGCAGAAUCGACUCGAUAGCCGCAAAAGUAGCUCCGCUUUUCUUUCAUCUCGUACAAAAACGAUUUUUCACGCGAUUCUGCUUUUAUUUCUCUUUAUAUCUAUCGCUACAGUGCCGACGUUUUUAUUCCUCUUUCAAGCGCGUUGUCGAUAUUCGAUAUAUUGAUUUUCAAUUUGGGUCCCGACAAAAUAUCGCCAACGACCGAUCUCCCGAGGAAAAAACUUACUCGAAAGGACCAGAGAAGGAAGGAAGGAAGGAAGGAAGCAACAUUCUUAUAAAACGACUCUAACGUCAUGCCCUUUUUCAAGAAACUUCGUAUUUUUUCCAGACACAAGAAGCUCUGCGAGGAAUGGGCUCUGGCGAAUAGUCGGGAAUGCGUGGAGGGUGUCGUCGGUGGCCUCGCUGGUAAAGGCCUCGGUCACGAGGAUCACGAUGAACUAGGUGCCCAUGCCACAUCCGAGGUGACUUUCGCCCUCAAGUAUCUCGGCAGUACCCUCGUCGAGACACCCUCCAACGAAGAGGCAACGGCCGAAGCUAUUAAAACCGUCAUCACCAUGGCCAAAGCAUGUGGAAAAAAGUUACAAAGGGUCUCGCUCGCUGUGAGUCUGCGAGGGAUACGGAUGACGGAUUUGUCGACCGAGGAAGAUCAUCUCCAAGUCUCGAUAUACAGAAUAUCUUAUUGCUCGGCCGACGCGACUCACGAUCACGUGUUCGCCUUCAUAGCGACUAAUAUGAACGAGACGAUGGAGUGCCAUGCUUUUCUCUGCCCGAAGAGAAAAAUGGCCCAAACGGUGACUCUUACCGUUGCAAGAGCUUUCAACACGGCUUACGAAGCCUGGCAACUGUCGCAGGCUGAUCCGAGGAUUCAUCAUCCCCCUCAGGACAAGAGCCCAUCUUUCAAUCGGACGCGAAGAGAGAUGAGAGGAGAAAAAUCGAGUGAAUUGUCGGAGAUUCGGGAUGGAAAGAAUCACGAGGGAGUUGGAGAAACGAGGAAGCCCCGCGACGAGGAACUUGAAAAGAAUUUGCUGAUCGAUCUGUCGAACGAGAGCGAAAAAGUGGCCAACUCUUGGGUUUGUUUCGAGGAAGAGAACGGAAAUUUAUUGACGGGAAAAAAGAUAACGAAGAAAUCCGUGGGAAACAGCAUACCGAUGACGGCGAUGAGACAAACGAGUUUGAAUUCGACCCCGAGUCAUCACGUGGUGCCAAGACCAACGCCCGGUUUCAAGGUGCAAAAUGCUUGGGGAGAAUCCCACUCGGUCAAUCUCAUGUGUUCGUAGCAGAGUUUGUAGCCGAAGGCCGAUAAUUUUCGCGACGUGCCUCUGAUAACAGGAUUGUGGAAACACCUGUCGGUCAACGAUCGAGCGAAAAAACCAUCCCCCCGUUGAGAUAAAACGGGUAUGCAAGCAGGACGAAAAGAUGCAAGUUAUUUCUUGUUAACGGAAAAAAAAAACAAAAAAACAAAAGAAUCAUCGAUUUUGUUGCGAAAUGGAGCUCGAGUACUUGCGUUUCGAACUCGUUGCUAUUUUUCAUUUUUCAUCAAUCUCCACGAGAUUCCGCGGUGAAACAAAGUGAUGAACGAGGCAACGAUAGAGUUUUCGAUACUUUUGCUCCGUCAACUGCGGAGCUGACAAACGAAUUUAAAGGAAGUGCGAUCAUAUAAUGGGAAUAGCCAUAAAAUAAUACAUAUCGAUGGUAAUUAUGGAAGAGACGCGUAAUGUUCGCGGUGACAUUGCUCGAUUGAAAUCGCAAAUCCAAUGAAAAUAAACGGAAUCGUUCAUUGGAUUUACAUCAACGCAUUAAUCUACACUACGCGAUAAAACAAUACGUACCGAAAAAUUAUAGAUUAUCAUAAAAUAAAUCACGUUGGUAGCCACGUAAAUAUAUUUUUAAGUGUGAAAAUGUUAGAACGUGAAAAGUACCAGGCUGUGUUUAAUAUUUGUUUUCGUCGCAUGCGUAGCCGCAUCGUCGAUAAACUUUUAUGUGAUAAUUGUCUCGAAAGUUUGGUUUCCUGUACGAUAAUCCUUCGAUUGAGUGUAAAAUAACUCGGUCUCGUGUGUGCGUAGCGAAUAUAACAGGCUUUGUGUGAAGCCACGGCUGCUAACUGCGCACCAACUUGACACACCGCCGCCGCGCCUCCAAUUCGUCUUUUUCCGCCGCACUUGUCACAUAAUCACACGUUAUAAAUUUCAAACGAGUUAUACACAUUUCUUCGGUGAUCGACUUUCUUGGCUCGGCUGUUAUUUUUACAAGUAUUUUUCACAGAAAACCCACGAUAAAUAUUUCACAGCAUUUUUCACGUGCGCACGUCCAAAUUGUGAGAAUUUCUUUCUCCCAUAUAUCAUAUCAAAAUGAGCGCUAAUCACAAAUAAAUCGAUUGAUAAAUAUAGAUCAAAAUAUCGUUGAGGCAAUGAGGAGAAAUUCGAUCAUCGUUCGAACGAGGCGAAUCUCGUAUAUCUUUGAAAUUCGAAUUCUCAAAUAGAUUUUUCUAUUAACAAUAUAAAUAGCGAUAUCACCGUUGUUCAGUCGUCUAAUGAAAUCGAUAUCACUCUUCUUGGGUCUCAAUUAUAGAAAUAAUAUCGAUAAUCAUCAUUAAGAAUUAAUCAAUAAAAUAAUUAUAAACAUGA